AUGCAAAAUAUAACUUCGGUCGAUAUACCGUCGGAAAACUACAAGUCGGUUAAAUUUGAACUUGAUGAUGGCAAAUUAUUAGGUCUUUGUCUUUCCCCAAAACAAUUUGUGGCAGAAGUACGGCAAUUGAUUGGAAAGCGGCAACCAUUGAAGGAUAUACAUUUGUUCUUAGAUAAAGAGGGUUAUCCGGUUGGUCGUCUGGAUGAAUCCAAAACACCUCUUGAAAACGUAAUGUUAUCAAAUAAUAUUGUUAAAUUACAAACGCAAAAAUUACUUGCUAAUUCAAACAAAGAUAGCGCAAAACCUCUACUUGAUAUUCCACCUACUCAAUCGUUCGAGACACGUACAAUUCAGUUAUUAACUACUGACAAACUUGAAUAUCGUGCAGCUAAAAUUCCAGAAACCACGCCAGCUCAUUCUUCACAUGAUCAGAUAUGUGAUCCAUAUAAUUUUGAUUUACAAAAAUGGUGUGAUAUAUUUCAAAGAUGUAAUUUAUUUCAAGGAUUAGAAUUUGAUUGUCGAACUGAUCCUCGACAUCCAAGUUAUUCUCCACAUCCUAGUCAUCAUUCUGUUUGUCAAUUUCAAGAAAAUAUAACAAAACCAACAUAUUUCAUUAACGAUGCAUCAUUUAUCGAAGCACAUUUGGCUAGUAAUGAAAUUCACAAUACAUUUAUUCGUAAUAAGUUGGUAAAAAUCGAUGCCAAUUUCAAAUGUCCAUUUUUUUCAUUUUCUACUGGAAGCGAGAAAGAUGAUCGAAAAACUGAAGAUACACAAAAGAAGACUCUCUAUACAACAUGUAUCUGGAAUUUUCCACGUGUAGUUGUACAUCUAUUUAAUGAGUCAUUGCCAUUAGUCAGACAGCCGGUGCGAGCAACUGACGACUUUCAAGAAGCUAUUAAAGAAGUUUUUCUAGAACCAACGGAGGCAACCGACGCUGUAACAUUGGUUGACAUUCAAGAAAAGUAUAAGAAAUUACAAAAAAUUUUUAAACUAUAUGGUCAAGUUUUUCCGAUAACAGUAACUCUUGGUGGGCAUUUAUAUCAAACUGAUAUUAGAAAAGUAGAAAGGAAUGUUAAUGAAAAUGAACAUAAAAAUAAAAUUUUUGGCAAUUUCAAAAGUUUACUUAAAGCAGUUGGAGGUGGUAUAGAUGGCGCCGUAACUACAAUUGAAGCACGUCGAACGGUAACGAUAGAUCAUCAAUCUGAUGCGAAAUUUGAAGCUACAGGCGGCGAUACACUAUUAAUCGAUAAUAUUAGUGAAUGGAAAUCGAGUAUACGUGAUAGUCGACGAUGGCGAAUCAUUCAGUAUGGUGAAUUAAUUCCAACUUACAAUUUAUUGAAUAAUCAACUACAAAAGAAAAUUGAAGACGUUCUUUAUCAUAAGAAACGAUUCGGUGAGUGA